AUGUAUUUUUAUCUCCCGGACAAGAAGGAUGGAUUGGAGCAUCUUGUGAAGACAAUGGCAUCUACUUGUGGAUUCUUGGAUAGUCACGUUCCAAUGUAUCAAGAUCGUGUUAAUGAAUUCAGGAUCCCAAAGUUUAAGAUCGCUGAUGGAUUAAGCGGUGAAGAUUUGGGAUUUAGUGCAUUGCCCUUGUUCCAUAAAGCUUGUGUCGAGAUUGAUGAAGAAGGCGCUGAAGCUGCUGCUGCCACUUUUGUAGUGGGUUUUGGGGCAUGGACGCCUCCUAAGAUGAUAGAUUUUGUGGCAGAUCAUCCAUUCUUGUUCUUGAUUAGAGAAGACAAAACCGGAACUGUUUUGUUUGUUGGUCAGAUUUUCGACCCUUCCAAAAAAUCUUCUUAG